AUGAAGGACCCGAAAUCGCAAAAACUCCAGCCAUGGAAGCCCUUAACCGCAAGCUACUGCUGCUCGGCUGACGAUCACAAGCGCACCAUAUUCCGUAACCUGAGCGGCUGCCGGAGUUCCAAGUCGGAAGUCUUGAGCGCUCCUCGGCUGCCAUCUUUCCGGAAGCUGACGUUCUCUGAUGUCAGCGUUGGGUCGAACUCGGCCAGGAUCAAUGAGGACUUGGCGCAGUCGUUUGGCGGCGAUUUGUACGAUUUCCAGAUGUGCGAGCUGCGGGCCGCGACUCAGGGAUUUUCGAGCAGCUUCUUGCUCGGGGAGGGAGGGUUCGGGAGGGUGCACAAGGGCUAUGUGGACGAGAGCUUCAGGCCGGGCCUCAAGGCCCAGCCCGUGGCAGUUAAGCUGCUCGAUAUUGAGGGGCUACAAGGGCACCGUGAAUGGCUGGCUGAGGUGAUAUUUUUGGGGCAGCUAAGGCACCCCAACUUGGUCAAGUUAAUUGGCUAUUGCUGUGAAGACCAAGAGAGGGUUCUUGUGUACGAGUUCAUGCCAAGAGGCAGCUUGGAAAAUCAUUUGUUCAAAAGGCUGUCGAUUUCUCUAGCAUGGGCUACGAGACUGAAGAUCGCUAUAGGCGCAGCAAAAGGUUUGGCGUUCUUGCACGGUGCAGAGAGCCCGGUCAUAUAUCGUGAUUUCAAGACUUCAAAUGUUCUGUUAGAUUCGGAUUUCAAUGCCAAGCUAUCAGAUUUCGGGCUGGCUAAAAUGGGGCCCGAAGGAUCAAACACUCACGUUACCACUCGUGUAAUGGGAACAUACGGUUAUGCUGCACCUGAAUAUGUCAGCACGGGUCACCUAACUACAAAGAGUGACAUCUACAGUUUUGGAGUGGUUCUCUUAGAGCUCUUGACAGGAAGAAGAGCAGUGGACAAGACGAGGCCCAAAAGUGAGCAAAACUUAGUGGAUUGGACAAAGCCCUACCUGACAAGCACCCGAAGGUUACGCUGCAUAAUGGACCCCAGGCUUGCGGGCCAGUACUCUGUGAAGGGGUCCAAGGAAAUGGGCCUUCUGGCCAUGCAAUGUGUGAGCUUGAACCCUAAAGACAGGCCUAAAAUGCCAGCUAUCAUCGAAACACUUGAAAGCCUGCAGCAUCUAAGGGAUAUGGCUAUUACUUAUGGACAGUGGCCCGCUUCUACUAAAACGGGCCGAACUGUGGUCUAUGUUCCUAAGGAGAGGAGGCAGACUGGGUUUGGGUGUAAAAGUGCUGCAGUUGCAGCCAGCCCAAGAAGCAAAUAG